AUGAGAGGAGACGGCGAUACCGGACAAACGACGCCGCAGAGACGUUCUACCCGCAGGAUCCUCCCUCCGGCACCAGGAGCCCCUGUGAAGAAAAAGAACCGCGCAGCAUCCGCGAAAGGGACGCUUAAGCCUAAGAGGCUCAUCUACAACGAUGAGAAUCAAACAGAGGAAGCGACCCAAGACGCAAGCGAUAGCCUUGACUCUAUCCAAGAGAUGAAAGAGCUACUUGAAGCCAGGAUCAACACUGUCGAGGGAGUGUGGGUGCAGUGCGACCACCCAAACUGCAACAAGUGGCGGUACGUGGCCGACGUCAUCGACCCCAGUGAGCUACCUGAGAAGUGGUACUGCUCCAUGAACAGUGAUCUGAACCGCAACAGCUGUGAAGCGGAGGAAGACAGUCCACCUGAAGAUGACUUGCUAGAAGCAAAGUACUUCGUUGGUUCAAUAGUCUGGGCCAAAGUGAACACUUAUCCAUGGUGGCCUGCCAUGGUUGACGACGAUCCAGACUUGGGAGUCUACGAAUGGAGGGAACACGACCAUGGCCUACCGACAAGCUAUCAUGUGAUCUUCCUGGAUCAAAAUGUCACACGGGCAUGGGUUCGAGAUAGGUUCUGUAUGCCCUUUCGACAGGCACACAACCAUGACGGACCUUCAGGGAACAAGGCAAGCGAUGUCGCGCCACCAAGCGCGACUUUGCCCACUCGCACUGAAUGCAGCAAUCGUAUGGCUUGCUGGAAAACAAACCAGCAUCCAUGCAUUCCUGGCUACUACAGAAAGAUGUUCGAUGCUGCAGUGGUGACAGCUGAAGUAGCACUCAAGAUGCCGGUGCCGGAGCGCAUCAAGAGCUACUGCUUCCUGAACAACUAUCGAGGCACGCGAAAGAACUUGGUCAAAGCUCCCAAAGAGAAGCGUCCCCGUGGGAGACCACGCAAGAACCCCGUACCAGAUACACAGCCCAGCAAAGGUGCAAUACUUGCAAAACCAAGACAAGGAAUGAAACGCCCAUGGGCACAGUCGCACACGAACCGUCAAGAAAAUGUGCAGGCUGAGCAACCACCUUCGAAGCAAACAAAAGAAACCAUCAAACAAGCAUUGGAGCGCAAGCACGAAAAGAAAGAGCCUGAGGGUAACAAGAAAGCCUCUGCAAAGCUGGCAGCACCUGCAAAGUGUACUUUAAAGCAACCAGCGAGGGGCAAGCUGUCUGCGAUUCUGUCCAAAAGAAUGAUCGACGAAGCUAAACAAGCACAAACUCAUGAAAAAAGAUCCAAUACAAACAAGAACACAACAACUGCCUCUACAAAUCCAAAGCAGACAACUGCAUCGAGCAAGCCCAAAGACAUUGCACAGGAUGCAGGCAUGACAGUGUCCCAGAACCAGGCAGAACGCAGAACUGAUAAAGAAGACAUUGGAGCUUCUUCUGAGGAGUCUGUGUUUACAUUGUCAACUGAUCACGAAAGCCCAGAUUCACAGGGAGCUACAGCUUUCUUGCAGACAACCAAGAAACCAAAACCUGCAUUCAAAGCAUCCACCCUUCAAAAUCGUGUUGAGAAAGACCAGGGUUCAGCAGUUAGUGCCAGGGUGCGUCCACCCAACGUGACAGACAGUGACAAUGUGAAGCUACAAACAGACACUGAGACUACUUGCGCUCCUGUAGAUAACGCCGCCAUGCAAGCUGAAUCAGACAGUCACGAGUCACUGACUGUGCCUGAGGCUAGUAAUGCCAAGCCACUCAUGCCCUCACACAAAGCAUCAGAACUCAAGACACGGGACUCCACAGAGGCAGGAUUUGUCCUCUCUAUUCCGUCAUUUGACAGCAUGGAGACUAGGAACGAGUGCUAUGAUGUCAAUUCUUUGAUUGAAUUCCUGGAUGAUGACGUGAAAACUGACUACAAUCCAAUGUUUGGUGCUCUGAACAAGGCUGGUCAGAGUCGCAGCUACCAACUGCAACUACCAUGUGAUCCCAUGGAUUUAGAGCCUCCACUGGAUACGCUUCCCAUUGAAGAGUAUGUGAAGGUACCCGGCUGUGGCUCAAAUGGUAUGAGCCAGCCGCAGCAGCCAGAACUCGACAAAUCAGGGAUAGCGUCUGCAGCAGCCAUUGCCGAACAGCCAUUGCCAACAGCCGACAGCGAGAUGGAGGUUCACGUGACGCUUCUGGCAGAAAUGGGAAUACAAUCAAGUCACCGAGCCGAACAGUCGAGCAAGGUUUCAUUAGGGGCUACAGGUGCCGAGACUUCCUUGAAGGUCAGCACUUCCACUUACAAGCCACCCAGCAUCAGCGAGGUUGAGCUCGUUGAGUCGAAGAACAGCGAAGACACCCCAGCAGGGGUCCAGAAGAAGAGCUGCAGUCCUGAAACCGGCAAGUGCGAACAAGUCAACAAAGUGAAGGGUGCGGCUGUAACCACAAACAAAGAGAAUCACAAGCCACCGUCAGCCAUCGCCCAAAGCGAAGCUCUGGCAAAGAAGGGGAAAACUGCAUCCAAGCCAAACCGUGCACCGCACAACGAGAUGGUGCCACCAAAAGCACCUCCCACAAAGAAGUCUGCUUUCAAGGUUCCAACGAGAGAAGUAACCUCCAAAACGGAAGCAAAGCUUUCAAAAAGUGCUUCACCGCUGAACGGAACUCAGCCGAGGGAAAACGCCAGCAUCUCAGCAGAGACAAAACUGCAAGCUUCACCGGCACACCCGAACCCAAAAGCUAGUUCCAGCAAAACAAUCGAGGCAGCACCAAAGGCCAAGACAGCAGAGAACAGUGGGACUGGUGUCAAAGCUGGUCCUCGCAAAGGAGCCGAGGUUAAUCUUCAAGCUGCCCUGAUGCGCAUUAACGGAACACAGUCAAAGGGAAGCACCAGCACGGCAGCCGACAAAAACGCACAAGCCGUGCCAGCGAACACAGACGAAACCCAGCCAAAGCCAUGUAACGGCUAUGUAGUUGACUCUGAAGACAGCGACUUUGAGUCACUUUCAAACACGCAGGACCUCACCUUUGAGGACACACUGUCUUCCAUUUCCCAGAGCUUGGAGAUGAGUCAGGAGGAGGAUUCAGACUUUGCUAGCUUGGAAGGGAUAGACGGCUCGCAGUCAUUUGACAUGGAAGAGUAGAAUUCAUUACUUCAAGCGUUUUCUCUCCCCAGUAAUGUGUUGCUCUGCUGCCUGGAGCCAAGUCACAUCCAGCAGAGCAAUGUUUAAUGGGACCCCCUUAACAGACUGCUUAACAGACAGAAGACAGUGCUAGCAGCAUCAGAAGUUCCAUGUGCAAUCUAUGCCCACUACCAUCACCCAACUUUGAUCCAAUUUAUGAUAUUAGAGGCCAUUCACAGCAUGUGGCUAUUUUUCACAUGAAUUUCAGAAGUUUUACAUAUUUAGUUUAAUUUUUUGAAAACUCUUCGGUUUUUAAUUUGUUCAUGUUUUCAUUUUAUUGAUUGGAGCCAAGCUGUGCCCAAUUGUCAGUUGUUCCGGUGACGUUCAGAAAGACCUCUCUACUCCUGCCUUGGUCCUAUCCUUGUCCAAGCCCAUUCUAGUGAGGCAUUGUUGCACCAUCACUCUUAGAAUUGUCAAGACUUGCAAACAUCUCGACAUGUGGCCGAAGACGUGUGCUCAUCAGUUCGGAACGUUUUUGUUACAAGCAGCUCUGCUUAACAAAACCUGCUUGCUUUUAAUGUUUUACCGAUAUUCAAAACUGU